GGAAGGUUCUAGAAGAGACUUGAGAGACUCCUGUAAAGAUGGAACAGCAGGAGGAGGGGACUGAGCCCGAAGGGAACAGGCCGCCCUUGUCUUCCCCUGGGACGGAAUUUUGGCCACCUGCACCUUUUCCAGCCUUGCCACCUUUUCCCCUGGGCACCCCAGAUCCAGCCCACUUGGGGCUCCCUGAAAGCCUGGCUUCUGUCACCAUCCCCAUCCGCCUGGACGCCCUCUCUUACCUCCUGCACAGUGCUCUGCUGGGGGCCUACAACCUUCAACAGUCCUUGCCCUCCUGCCCCUGCACCACCCAAGCAUGCUGCCCCCAGCCAGGCACCGCCAUCAGGCCAUCCAGGGGACGCAGGGGCUGGGGCGUCCAGCGCAGGCUAGGCCGGGGCCAGGGCCCACAGCAAUGGCGACCUGGCAGGGCUGAGAAUCCAGAGAGGGGCUGGCUGGGGAGGUCUGGGGCUGGCCCCAAGACUCCUCCAGUGAUCCCAGCAUCACCACCAAUACUGCCCAGACACGAUGAGAAGAAGGAAGACAGAGAUCAGGAGUCAUCCCAGGACAUGCCGCCUGCUGUAGCAGAAGACUGGGAGGCAGAGUACUAG